UCUUAAAACUUGGCAAUAAUAAAAAAGCUUUGCAUAGUAGAAAUGAGAAAAUGGAAAAUACCUAGUUUGUUUAUAUAUAGCGAACAAAGCAGAUCAAAGAUUCGCGAAAAUAUUUUUGGUUACAUUUAGAUAUAGUUUAAAUAUAGUAAGAAAAAUCAAAACGGGUGUUUUAUAGACGUAAAUUUCACAUAAUUCUAAGAUAUUUGAAAAUAUAUUUCGAUAUUUAACCUUGAUGGAUAUUUGAACUCGACAUACAUAUGUGUAUUAAUUUUACUAUACAGUUUUUGGUUGGUGCUAUUUUGAGGUUAUUACUCUCUAACUCAACUUGUAAGCUUCAAAUGGAGAAUGUUAUUUAAAGAAUAGUGAAUAAAAAAGAUCUAACUAAACACAACCUUUGUAGCUAUCAAAUAAAAAGAAGACCCAACCACUUACAUCAUGCACGAAAGACGAGUUGAAAAAGUCAAAGGUGGACAUUAUGUUGCUACACACAGUCAACCUGUUGGAUAUCCUCCAUAUUCGCAUUCCAAUCGUGCUUAUUCUACAGAUGGUGAAGAAUCACACAAUGCAGCGUCCGGGCCCGCAAUCGGCGGAUAUACAGUUGCCCAAGAGUAUCCAUAUACAUCUGCUCGCAAAAUGAAUUUAUAUCAAAAUCAUCAAAGUCCAGCAGACGAGACUAGUGUAAUAUAUAAUCAAAAAUGGUCUAAUGGGUCACCACAAACACGCACCCUAUCUGCUCUAAGCUAUGAUCAAGGUGGAGAUGUGAGUAGUGAAAUCUAUGUGACCAGUGCCGCUUACAAGGAGCCCUCGGAAAUAAGUCGCUACAGCCAUCGGCCACAGUCCCGCGGAGCGUCACAUAGCGUUUAUUCGGUUGCAAGUACCGCGAAGACUGGUCAGAGUGCUCAUUCAACAACGAAACGUGGAGUAAAAAUCGAUGCAAUGUCGGCUCCAAAUCCAUUUUGCCCUAACAUAAAAGGCGUUUGCUGCCUUAUGCUGCUCCUCAAUUUAGGUCUAAUUCUUGUAACAUUAGGCUUUGUAAUUGUGGUUCAAUUCUAUGAACCUCUUUACGUGUGGAUACUUGGGAUUAUAUUUUUGAUAUUUGGAUUCCUUACUCUCAUUGGGUGCAUGAUAUACUGCGUACAUGUUUGCAGAGAUGCCAAAACUCCUUCUCAAGUGCGCAACGAAAAUCUUUAUUGGACACGACAUUGGCAAAAUAACAUCGGCUACGUACCUACCAAAGAAAUUUCGUAUAAAGGAAAUAAUAAAUAUGAUGGGUACUCGGACCAUUAUUCAAUAAGCAAAGUGAGCGGAAAAUACUCGGACCGUGGCAGCAAUCAUUAUUAGAAAAACGUGUACUUUUACCAAUUAACGAAUUCGCGCGCUAAAAAUUUAAAUCGAUUGUGAAUGCCUAAAACGUAUACUAUAAUAAUCUAAAUUAUACUCAUAUAUAUGUGUUAUACCUGGGCCGACUUGAGUCAUUAGUUGGACUUUAUCUUUGUUGUACUUACAAGUUAAUAAGUUUUCACACAUAAAAAUAUAUACAUAAAUACAUACAUGUAUACUGUACCAAUAACAUUUACAAAUAUAAAACACUCAUUAACACAGCACAAUAAAUAUGUCGCUAUUGUAAAUACGGUAAGAAAAA